AUACCACACAUUUGCGUAUAAAAACAUUAUCCCAGAGAAAUCUCUUCCUCUAAAAUUUCUCGAACAAUUUAGGCCAUGGAAAAGAGCAAGUCAUUCUCAGGGUACUACUCCACCCCCUACACAGAAAUACGGUCUGCUUUCGACCUCGACAGGUCCAAGUCAUUCAGCUUCAAUGGCGGAAGUGGCAGCAGAGAUGUGUCGGGCACAUCUGGCAAUCCAGAGCUCAAGAGGAGGAAAAGGGUGGCGUCCUACAACAUGUACGCCAAGGAAGGUAAGCUCAAAUCCUCUUUUCGCAACAGCUUCAAGUGGAUCAAGAGCAAGUUUACAGACAACUUCGACGACGAGUGAAGGACGUCAAAUCAUUUGUUCUUUCUCUUUAUAUAUAUAUAUAUAUAUAAAUUCUCUCUAUCUCGUUGGAUGCUAGAGCCUGAUUGAACACGCCAAUUAAGCGCACUUGUAAUUGAAUGGACUUUUCUUUUUCGCUUCAUUAAUUUCAAAUAAUUGUAUCAAGAAUGUUCUACUAUCGAAUGUGUUUAUAAAGUUUAUGGGUUUGUAUUGGA